UUAGAUAUUGAAACACAAUCGGCUGAGUAAUAACUGAAACAAUGAUGAAAUGCUAUUUUUUCCCAGAUCGCUGUGACUUCAAACUGCGAAUAAUACACAGAAAUGGAUUUUAAUAGGCCAAAGUGCAUAAAAAAUGGUAGAAAUGAGGAUACCUCAAUACAAGUACUGCCAAAUGAAAUUUUGGCGACAAUAUUCAGAUUUCUACAACCUAUUGAUGACAUUUUACCAGGUCUGGCACUAGUAUGUCGGAAGUGGCACGAUGUUCUAUAUUACUACGGAUCCCUGUGGAAGACUAUUAUCAUAGAUCCGACCUUCUAUAAAGCGUGGCAUUUCAAACUGGUUCUUUGCUUGUUUCGUCUCUAUGGACAUCAUGUACAAACGCUAAUCUGGCGGGAAAGUACGUCUGUAUAUGAAUCUAUAUUUUCACGCAUCCCUCUUUUGAAAAACUUGAAAGUGUUAAGGAUUCCAGUUUUGUGGACUAAAAGAGUUAUAGAUACAUGUUGUGUGCUCGUAGAUUUGGUAAAAGUACAAAUAAAUGGAGGUUAUUCGCUCACAGACGAACAACUUAUUGAAAUCGCAAGAUGCCUGCCUGGUUUGAAGACAAUAACAUUAAAUGCAUGCUGGAACAUUACAAUUGAAGGUAUCAACGCAAUUAUACCUCUGCUAAGUUCUUUAUAUGAUGUGCGUAUCAAAAUCAAUUCUAACCUUCGACUGGAACACGGACAGAGCGAGACGGCGAUUAGACAAGGUUUUCGUAUAUUCAAAGGUUUAAAGUUUGAACCUCUCUGUAACCUUGUUAGUGUGUUGUGCGUCCAUUUUGUUUCCAUGGAAAUGGAAGAUUUGUGGGAUAUAGUGAACAGAAUGACCAUUCUACGUAAACUUAGCAUCAGUAACUGCGAGCAGUUACAUGGUGUAAGACUGACAUCUGCCAGUUUGCAGAAGUUUUACAUUUUCAACGUCUGGAGCACAUCUUUUAUCAGCAUAUACGCGCCAAGGUUACGCCACGUGACAAUUGAUCAUGGAAUGGAAUCCCUGGAACAUGUUGAACUUUUUGCAAAGAAUCUUCGACGCGCAUGCGUGAAUGGAUCAAAUAGCCUCCACACCCUUAAAAUCAAAAGUGACAGACUUUCGGUGCUAGAAAUAUCACACUGUGAAAGUAUUGAUAUGAAGUCGUUAAAAGAAACACUCCGGGCAAAUCCCAAAAUAAAGUGCCUAAGAAUUGGAUGCAUUUCUGAAGAUAGUCUUACCUUCGAUGAGUUUAUGAUUCCAAGCGUAGAAGAGCUUUGUUUGCUCGGGGACUUUGACUGUGAAACUUUACAUGUGCGUAGUCCGUCAAUACGAUUUCUACAUACAGAAGCAGAGGAAGACAUAAUCACACUAAAUCAUAUGUACGUCACGGCAAACCAUCUGUGUAAGGUGGUUAUGGUAGGUUUACCUGCACUUAGAACCGUUACAAUUCAGUGUGUAAGUGUAGAUUGCAUAGAAAUGAAUUUAUGCAGUGAUGACCAGUUAAAUCUACAAUCUUGUGUUAUACAUGCACUAAAUGCUAUAGGAUUUCUUCGACUCUUUGAUUGCAAAUUUAGUUUGUUGUCCGUCUGUACACAGCUUGCAAAGACUGUUGUACUUUACCGUUGUGAAAUGACAGAUUACGUUUUGCAAAUGGCCUUAUCCGGAUGUCCAAAUGUAGCGCAUUUAAACCUUGAGAAAUGUCGAGAAAUUAGUCAUGUAAAUAUUACAACUAAGCCAUUGAAAUUUCUGAAUUUGUUUGACUGCACAACCAUUAAGAGACUUAACUUAAAUUGCCCAGAGUUGACAGCGCUUAAUCUGGGUCACUGUUCAAAUGUACGACUGUUCAUUAGAGGCGCAGAACAACGUUUAGACAGACUGAACUUCCCAUUUCAAGUUGUCUUACCAUCCGACCAUAUUCGCUGGAGUCACGAUUUUCCGCCUGUAGAAUACAUGUGUUGAUGGCAAAUACGUCGUACAUUUAUGUUGAUGCGACAUUCGAACAUUUAAUUUGUCUAAGAUUUGUAAAACUAGAAUAAGAGUUUAACUUGUUUUAAAUUUCGUAGCAAAACGAUACUUUAAACCAUACAUGUCAUAAAUCUAAGCUUUCUUCGUUACAAUCCGAGAUGACAAAUAAAAAAUCUAAUAUUGCUUCACGAAAAUUGUUACUGAGUGACCAAUAACAAUUAACCUUUAAAAUUUCUCAAGUAUUUAUUUGAGAUAUACAGCGAAGAAAAUGAAAUGCUAAUAGUUAUGACAUAUCCAACCUUUAAAACUGUACACAGACGAUUUAAUAUUAUCAAUAUUCAAUGUCAAGACAGACAUACGUA